AUGGCUUCCUCCCGACCGGCUGUCACCCUCCGUCUCACAAUCCAACUCCGGGAAAAAAUCAUCCGGUCCGGAUACACCACUGUUGGAGACCUCUCUGCCAUCCCCACCGCUGACCUUGCAAAAGGCCUUGGAGUGAAAUCGUUCACAGCGGAUCAGACAUGGGAGCAGGAAAAGAAACUGGCGCCCAUCACCACAUCCAGUCCAGCAAUCGACAGUCUCUUUGGUGGCUCACAUGGGAUCCCUCCAGGAAAGAUUACCGAAAUUUGUGGACUCCCGGGAUCUGGCAAAACGCAGCUCGGGAUUCAACUAUCGGUUAAUGCCCAGAUGCCCAGGUCCAUGGGUGGCGCUGGAGGAUCGUCGAUCUAUAUUGAUACAGAGGGCAGUUUUGUGGCACGACGCGCCUCUCAGCUGGCUAGCGCAUGUGCGGCGAGACUGAGCGAGUCAUCCAAGGCUGCAGGGGCGAAGCCAUCAUUAACGACCGAUGACUUACUGAGAGGGAUUCAGUAUUGUCGCGUUCACAGUCCAGUAGAGUUCAUUGCGAUGGUCAGGAUCCUCGCCGGCAUAUUGCAGGAACACCCCAACGUCAAGUUGGUGGUAGUGGACUCGAUUUCGUUUUUGUUCAGGUCGAAUUUUAGUGAUACGCGCUUACGGACCAAACUUGUGGUAUCACUUGGUCGACAGCUGGCGGAUCUAGCACGGCAGCACGACUUGGCGGUGGUGGUGAUUAACCAGAUGACGACAACAAUAGACGCACCUGCAACAGGAAAACGGCCAUUCGACCCACUAGACGACAAUGUCCAUCCAGCACUAGGCGAGACGUGGGGCAACAUAUGCACACACCGGAUACGGCUGUACGAUCAAGGAGGACACGGUCAACAGCGAUACGCGCGAGUGUUCAAAUCACCGACGAUGCAAGAACAGACCGUCUCGUUUCAUAUUGGAAAGGACGGGAUCUCAGAUAUUGUUGAUCCUGAACCUGUCAAGGUCAAGGGAAGUGGUGCCCGUGUUGGGCAGGAAGAUGAUGAUAUGGACUUUGGGCAUACCUCGUCGCAAUCGAUGUUCUUCUGGGAAGACGACGAUUUUUCGUAG